GGAAGAGUGAAGUAUGACAGAUGAGACUGUCUGCUCUGCAUGCGAUGUUCGCCGUUUGCAUAGAAUAGAUGAAAGAAAAUCUCCAAAUAGAAGAUUAAUUUCAUCAGUAGAUGGGGAAGGGUAUCCCUUUGGACUGCCUUCAUUUCCAGCUGUGCUCAUUGACUGAUUUAAACCCUUGGUUGGAUCUGCACUAAACCCAUGGCAGAGCCAGACAUGGAUUAAAGUGUUGACGGCCUGAUCUACACAGAGUGGUCGACGGAGAAGUGCGCUGGCAUUACAAAUCGCCAAGGAUACUGUCAUUGAAUCUACCAAGGAGAUUUGUUUUAUGUUUAACAUCCAUGUUUUAGGGUCAAUGGAGACCUUGUCCCAGAGCUCCAGGCUUGAGUGCCAAAUCUGUUUCAACUACUUCAGCCAACGGCGUCUUCCCAAACUCCUGCACUGCCAACAUACAUGCUGCUCCGUUUGUCUGAGCCAGAUGAGGCUCAGCCAAAGGGAGAUCCGCUGUCCUUGGUGUCGUUGUGUGACACCGAUCCCCAGCGGCCUUUCGGUCUUGCAUCUUCCCGAUGACCCGGAAGUACUCUCCAUUGUCAGUCUUGCUCACGCCUCUGAACACACCCCUAUCUUUAUACACUUACCCAACAGCGGUUGCUACCUACGGCCUGUCCCUAUGGACGCAGACGGGGCACUGUUGCCUGGACAACCAGCAUGCCGGUUUGGCCCUAAAAGGGUUGAGGGAGUAAACAUCUCUGAUGGGCGGAGCCUCAUGUUGGUAGAUGACACGGUUGAGGAGGGGAUGGAGGAGGAGGUAAAAACCACAGCAUGGACUGGGGUUUGCGCUGUGCUACUUGUGGCGUUUAUUUUGAUUUUUCUGCUGGGUAUCGUGUUGCAUAACAUGUCCUGCGUGUCCAAACGCUUCACUAUCAUUUCCUGUGGAUGAGACCGAACGGAAGAAUUGAAAUGGGCGUACCGAUGUGGCUUGAAAUCUCUUAUUUGAUUUCAAAUACGAUUGUAAGUAACUAUAUACAGUAGAUGGUCAAGGGUAAAGUCUAUGCAAUCUGUGCUAUUUCAAAUGCUUAUGAAAGCUCUGAUUCAUUCAUUCUUGGGGAAUUUGUUUAAUUAAUGUGCAGAAAUGUUAAAGAAUCUAGCAGUGUUGACUUCAUGUAUUUGCAUGUCUUGUAUGUAACUGAGGGAAAUUAACUUUAGCUUUAAUGCUAAACUAGAGUUGUUGUACGUUAUUGACAGUCUGUAGGGGUUGUGCAUUUUGUAGAGGUUGUGCAACACUAAAUUGUAGAAAUGAAAUAACGUGCAUAUGUUAAUAAUGUGGCUGCACUGCCUUUGAAUAAUGUGCAUUGCUGUAUAUGUAUCAAAGUGAGUCCUUGUUUAAAGGUGUGUUUCAUUUGAAGCAGUUUCUUUAAAAUACCACAUCAA